AUGGACACAGCACAGCAUGGCAAGGAGCUUGCAGGUUACCAACGUUCCAGACAAGAAAACACCAUCAGUGUGGUACAAAGUUUCCUGUGUUGCUCCUGCUUUCGAACAAGUGAGAAAGACUGCUUGGAAUACGAUCAGGAAGAGUCACGUAAUCCUAAAGCUGUCGUGGAUGAGGAGAGUGUCCAUAUCGUUGUUGAAGAUUUGGGAAUAGACAACCCUGGCUUCUGCCUCUAUGAAGCCAAGCACUGCGGCCCACCUAAACAGAGCACCAUGGGGCGUUCUGCUAGUUCUGUGUCCGUGUGCCAAAGAGCUGCAAUAAAGAAAAAUCUUGCACCUCUUUCUUCCUUACCACUUCAGUCCAGAGCUAAUCCAGAGGACUUAACUGUUGUAGACUCUCUUCUCUAUGGUAUGGGCAGCACUAGUGAUGGUGGCCUUCUCACACCACCAGUUAUUAACCUUAUACCACCAACACCUUCUGACGUUAUAGACGAUGACCAGUUCUUCGACAUAAAUUCAGAAGAGGAGAGCCUCAUGCAAACGUCGGGCAGUGAAGGUGUGGACAGUGUCGGCAGUGCUGCUACAGGUGUGCAGGUGAGUGAGGAGGAUGGUGAGAGGUCAGAUCAAGAAGUGGAAUCUGAAGAGACCAAAGAUGAAGAAAGUCCUCCUGAACUUCCAGAGUUGGAGCUCCAGGAGGAAGUAACUGUCAAGAAGAAAACUGUGGACAAGACUACAAUACACUUCCUGCGAAGUUCCUUUCAAGUGUCCCCUCUUCCUGAAUAUCCUCGAAAAAGAAGCCUCAAUACUGGAAUCAGUUUGCUACAGUUCACUGAACACAACUUGGAUGACCUGAGCAACAAAGAUGCCACCAGCCAUGAGUUACUAAAGGAAGAGUUGAGGCUACUACCUCUGAGCAGCAAGAUGAACGCACUAACACACCAAAAGAAACCAGCUGUUAGGUCCUGUAGUUUGGGUGAUACGGUGCCAAGAAGUCAGACCUUUCACUUCAUAUGCCAAGAGGGAGAUGAAAUUCUUGAAGAUGAGGAAUCUCCACGGCAAAGAAGGAUAACUGUUGCGUCUUACAUUCCCCAGUCAAAGGAUCAUGCUGGAGACUGUGCAAUAAAGCAUGACUUUAAUAGGCACAGAGCCAAAACUCUAGCAGAGUUGAACACAGAGGAGGUCUGCCAAUGGUUUUGUAAUAUUGGGCUACAGAAAUGCCUCCCCUUCAUUAGAGAGGCAGAGCUCAGUGGAUCUCACAUUGCCUCUAUUGACCUCAACACCCUUGAAAUCCUUCAAGUGUCCAAUCUGGAGGAGAGAGAGAGGUUGCUUUCUGCCAUCUACCAUGAGUUACACCCACCGAACUCCACCACCCAGAGACUCGACUCCCUCCUGGAAAGAUUUGGUCCACACAACAUUGAGAAAUUCACAGCGGCUUUGGUGUCUAUGACUAAGUCAAAAUCGUCUCCUCAAGUUAACAGCAUCAGCAUGAAACGUUGUUCAUUCAAAUUUAGGCAAAAAGAGCAGAGCGCUAGAGAUAAAAGAAACUCGCAUCUUAUCGAAAUCACAAUCAAUGCGUCAGAUCGAACAGUUCAUCUGAGGACACCCAAAGAGACGAGUGUGGGAAAAGUAAUGGAGUCCUGUCUGAGGAUGCUGGGAAUUAAUGAGGACAAAGAUCAUUUCAACCUGAAAAACAAACAAGAUGAGUUCUCCCCCGAGCAGCAGAUUGGAGAUUUGCCUGGCUCAGAGACAAGACUAAUGGAGCUUCAUUUAUGUAGGAAGAAAACACAGAAAGAUGACCCUAAUUCUUCAGAUGCCAUUAUUUGUUCUGCUGAUGAUGUUCAGUGCAAGAAUCUACGAAACGAUGACGGAAAGAUUCAAGAGCUUAACCAACAGGUCGCUUCACUUCAAAAUGUCAUCAUACAGGUUCAGGAGCUUUACCAUGGCCUGGUGGCCUUUUGUUCAGAGCUGAAAAAGAUGGAGGGAGAGAUGGAUACAGAGCAGCUAGACAGCUUGGAGCUGAAUAUAUGUCUUAGUCAGGCACAGGACAGUCUGCAGAGGAAGAGACAGAGUCUUCAAAUGCUCAGGGACAAUCUGAACAAUGCACCAGUGCAGAAGAAAAAGCAGGCAGAGGUUCGGCUGCUGGAGAAGAUGAGACUGAACUGCCAGGUGUUUAAAGAAGAGAUCACACUGGUCCACCUCAUCCGGCAGGUGGCUCACCUGCGUUCAGCUCUGGAGAACACCCAGGCCAAGGAGAGAGCCGAGAGGAAGAGCACCACUCUGACUCAGCUGGUCCCUUUGCAGUCUCCUGUCAUGCUGGUGGCCGCCCAAGUGCAAGCAGACCCAGACGGUCAUUAUGGGUUCUCUGCACGCUGGGUCGAGGGCCAGGGUCUGAUGGUGGUACAUACUGAGUGUACGAACCUCUGUCUGAAUGACAGGCUGGUGGAGGUAAAUGGAGUGAGUGUUUUGGGGAGCAGUGAGGAAGAGCUGGAGUUGCUGCUUAAGACGCCCACUACACACAUCAUAUUUCUGCGCCAACUGCCCCAGGAGCCUCCUCAGGAAGACCCUCCUGCCCCUCAGUCAACAUAGACUUCAGCUCUGAGUGAUCACCAGGACAUACAAGUGCUGCAGACACACCAUUCAGUGUUAUCCAAUCAAACUGUCUAGACACUGGCUUAAAAGGAUAGUUCACCCAAACAUAAAAAUUGUCUCAUCAUUUACCCUCAUGACAUCUCAGACGUGGAUGACUUUUUUUCUUCUGCUGAACACAAACAAAGAUUUUUAGAAGAACAUUUCUGCUCUUUAGUUCCAUACAAUGCAAGUGAAUGGUGACCAGACCUUUAUAUGUAUCUGUUUCUCACCCAAAGUGAUCACAUCGCUUCAGAAGACAUAUGAUAAACAACUGGAGUCAUAUGGAUUACUUUAAUGCUGCCUUGAUGUGAUUUUUGGAGCUUGAAAAGUCUGGUCAUCAU